CCAUUUCUACGAAGCAGGUCGCUUCUGUUCCCGCGCCCCCGGCGCCCUGGGGCCUGGCGCGCACCCGCGCAGCAGGGAGCGUAUGCCGUCCUUCGCCAAGCUUUCCAACUGGCUCCUCUCGCCGUCGUUUACCAAGCUCUGCCGGCGUGGCAGCAGGACGGACAGCAGCGACCCCCUGGAGGCGCAGCUUGGGCGCCCAUCCCUGGCCACGAGCACCUCGACCCUAUCGUGCCUAAGCACGGGAUCGAGCUCCCAGGAGUCGGUGGGCCCGAAGGUCUCCAUCGAUGCGGUCACAGAGGUGCCCUACGAACUCUACCUCGACUUGGUGGCGGCGGGCAAGAGCGCGCGGGCGCGCGGGCAGCACCGCAAGGUCCGGCCGCAGGGCCGGGGCAGCGGCCAGGCGGCACGCGAGCCCUCGCGGAGGAAGACGCGCCUGGUCAGCUGCGAGGCGGGGCCGCUCGAGGCCGCCGCCCCGCAGCAGGGCCCGCCCGCGGGCGGCGGCCGGGCGGCGGCCGGCAGGGCCCGGGCCCGCGCGGGGGAGAAAGCGGCGCACCUGUGA